AUGUCAACGAUAAGUUGUAAUAGUUUUGAAGAUUGCAUACUUGACAUGAUACAUAACGAUAAAAAUAUGGACAAUGAAUGUUUUUAUAUACCAUCCCAAGAUAUUUCCUCUUGUAUUUUUGGAACAAUGUCAAACAAUUUUGGACUAAAUGAUCUUAGUCGUACAACACACGAGAUGAAUAUUAUUGCUAAUAAAGCUUACUCAAAAGCAGUUGGUGGACCAGUGAAUGAUUUAUUCAAUGAAGGUCAAAAACUAACAUCAUUAGAUUUGAAUAAUAGUGGUAACAAUAAAUCGUCGAGUGUUGCUCGCUAUAAAACAGAAUUAUGUCGAUCAUUUCAAGAAACAGGAUUAUGUAAAUAUGAUACUAAAUGUCAAUUUGCUCACGGUCAUGAUGAAAUUCGAUCAUUACAUCGUCAUCCAAAAUACAAAACAAUAUUGUGUCGUACUUAUCAUUGUUCUGGCUAUUGUCCAUGGACCGCGAUGCCAUUUUGUUCAUAA